CACAAGGUAGUCCGUCUUAUUAUCGCUAUCUCGUAGACGUACCCGAGACGGCCGUCGAAACGCGCUCAAAAGCUCGUCAAACCAUCGCCGGACGACCUCUUCAUCAGACGAAGGCACAACAAGGAGUACGAACAUUAGCGAUCCGGACCAACGAUUCUCCUGGUCAACCACUACGUUCUUGCUCAACGGGGUCAAUAGCAGGAAGAAUCACCCAGUAGGAAAGUUGAAGGAGUGCUCUAAGAGAUGAGUUCCAUGAAAUCAACCCCAACCGAAAACUGGGACGACGAUUUCCUCUUCCAACUCACCCCCUCGAAAUCUAGAUCUAAACCUCGGUCGAGUUCCAAAUCUAGACCGGUACCUCCUAGGAGGUUUACCGAACAGCCUAAUGGGUCACCUUCUAGGCUAUAUGACAAGGGGCAAGAUGAAGAGGGUCUUGAUGGGCUGUUCUCCAGCCGGGGUCGGGACGAGAAAAGGGGUACGGAGCGACAUUCCGACCACGAUGGCCAGGGCGAGGAGGAAGAGGAAGAGGAGGAUUGGGAUGUGGAACUAGAAAUCGAUUCUCCCUCACCCGCUCCGGAAUUCGAAACAGCUCCGGUGUAUCAGAAUGCUGGUUCGACGUGGGGGUCUACUCUUCUGCCUCCCCUUCCGACAGCAGCAGCACAGAUAGGGAUGAGGAAGAACGUUUCGCAGUCCGACCUCCCUUCUAAUCUCGCUGCGGGACCAAAUCCACUUCAAGAGGAAUACGAAAACGGCAAGACUUCAACUUCGCCGAACAAGGAUAAGAAGAAGGAAUACCGGAAGAGUUAUCACGGACAAGCUUCUUCGAGAGUCGUCCCCCCGGUUGACAGUCUACCGGUCCCUUCGGCUGUCCGGAAUUCGCAUACUCAACUACAUCCUCAAUCUCAGCAACAGCAACACCAACAACAUCAUCCUCCUAGUGCCUUCAACCGUCCGAAAUCUAAUUCCACCUCAUACCCCACCUUACCUUCCCCCUCACCCGAAACUCCUACGGGCACCUCAUCGAAAACCGGGAACGGGGACUUCAAAAAGGGUACGGUUGUACCGGGAAAGGGGAAGAGUAAAGGGAUGAUGGAGCGGGUGGCGAAUCUGCAUAGGAGGUUUAGUUCGACUUCCACGCCACCGUCUGCAGCGGUUGGGUCUGGGGCGGGGUCGGGGAGGCCGGGAUUGAGAGUGCAGACAAGUUCGAAUUCGAACACGGGUACGGGUAUGGGGAGGUCGAACGGGCCGAUCAGCCCGCCUUUACCUGUCCCUCCACCUCAGAGGACCAGUUCGAGAACUAGUAACGGGAAUGGCAAUGGAAAUGCCGGUCGACCGGAUAUGCCGAUGAGGAUCGUAACCUCUCAAAGCGCACAAUCGAUCCACUCCGUCAUCUCCGGUUCUACUUCCGCCUCUUCCCACCUAGGCCUCGGAAUGGGAGUGGGAGUGGGAGUUGGCGCUGGAACGGUGGUAGUGGAUGGACUGCCUGGAUCUAGGCGUCCGUCAGGCGCUUCUAUCACUUCCUCUACAGUGGCGGGAACAAGAAACAGAAGUCCUCAUCUCGAUGUCGGGUCAGGAGGACAGACUUCGCCGAGCCUGGUCAGCGUUGGGUUUCACUUGCCUAGUCCUAGCCCCGCUUCGCCUUAUUAUCAACAACAACGACAAUUCCUUCAGGAGAGGAAUGGGGAGAUGGAAGAGGUUAUUUCAGAGGAUGCACAGAAGACGCCUAAGGGCGCAACAUCCACCAGAGGGAUCAACGGGACUGAUGGCAGGAAAGCUUCGGGCGGAGAGGAGGAGAGGCAUGUCUCUGGUGCUAGUCAGAGUAGCCGAGGGACCACGGGCACGAUUGGGACUGCACAAACGGUGUUUAUGAUGGAUCACAUGGAGCAGGAGGUCGAUAGGCUCGACGCGGACCGGAUGAGAGGAUUCAAGAUGGGAGGCGCUCGGGUCGAACCAGAUCGACCUUCAAUUGAACGAGGUCAUUCCGGUGAUAAGACGCUUCCACCCGCCGUCCUCCCGCUUCCUCUGGACAAGAAACGCAAGUCAACGCUGAAACGCCUUAGUAGUUUGAGUAAGCGGCACGGGAGAAAGGUCUCGGAUGGAUGGAGGUUCGUCAGCGGGUCAUCUAAUUCGAGUGUCGAACGCAAGUCGUUUGAGGGGCAGCAAGUGGUCACGCCGAGGACGGCACCGGUAUCGUUUGCCAUGCAACAACAACAGCAACAUGUAGCCUCGCCCCCUUUGCCGCCAUUAGGGUCGGCCUUUCGAUUGGCAUCGCCGGUGGAUCUGGGGAAUCCGCCCUCUUCGGUACGGAGCAUGAAACAGACCCCAUCAACCACCAGCUCUCGCGUGUCGAGUGACCCACAAGUCCUUCGAUCGGCACAAGAUGCCGACAAGUACGACGGAAGGCAGAGGAGCCCGUCUUCGGCCGGAAGGCGAGUGUCAUUGAGCGAUCUCAAGAUUCCGAGUCGAGUGGCGAGCGCGCAAAAGGGUGUCAAGGAGGACGGUACGAAGAUCCGACAGUUUUCGGCUGCUGUAAAAGAUCUUAAAGCGCUCGUAGCGCAACGUGCUGUCCUAGAAGCCAGAUUGACCCGAACACAAUCGCAAGACCGGUCAGAGACCCGGCUGAGCAUUGACCAGGACUCUGAGUUCUGGUGGACAAAGGCUCAUUUGCUGAUCACACUCGGGGAGACGGGUAACGCGUCUGAACCCGCGACGCCUGCGAUCGACGAUGAUGACGCUCUGAAGCGGGAGAGACGGAUCACGCUCGCUUCCGAUCAUACCCCUUCGCCCACGUUGGCCCAGAUCGACAUUCCCAUCCGGCGAUCCCAGACGGAACUACGACCGUUGGACUCGAACGUGCCACGAUCGGACUCUAUGCGAAGGCUCGAGCCGAUCAAGACGGUAGACUCUGGCGGGUCUAUGGGUCGGCAAGAGUUCUCGCAGCAACAGGUAGAAAUGCUGCGCAGCAUCUUGCACUCUCCGGCGGGAACGCUCGAACCGGAACAGCGAUCGGAUCGCAGGGACUAUGGGUCCACCCUGAACAAGCGAUCAUCGCGACCGCCAGCUCUGACUUCCAGGUCGACAGCCAAGGAGAAUCGACCUCUGCCUCUCGACAUCCCGUUACCUCCAACUCCCACUGGCUUGGAAAAUCCCGCGGCGCAUGGUCACGCACACCCUGGAGCUAAACUCACAAAACGGCGAGCCAGUCGAUCUGGGAUUUUCAAUCUGCGAGAUAUGUGGCGAACCACUUCAAAUUCGAAUUCCAACAUCAACUCUGAUAUGGAGAUGCCUAGGACUCCCGUGUCGCCCGUCGGGUUAGAUUACGAUCGCUCAAUGCGCGCCAAGUUGGGCUUGGGACUGCAAGCAUCUUCGGCCCGAUCGCCUAAAUCACCGGCCCGACCUGGACUUGCGGGAAUGUUCAGACGGAGUUCACAAUCCAGCGCCUUGCUGCUCGAUCCUGUACCUCCUAAUGCAAAAAGUGCUAGUCCGACCUCGACCGCUUUUCCGGCCGUGACAAGUGGCGAAAAGAAAGAAGGAGGCGUAUCAGGCAAGAUGAAGGCUCUGAGACGAAAGUCCAGCCGGGCAGUUUCCCGUCUAUCGCCCUCGCCUGGUAUGAACCCAGACGUUCCCAGCCCGAAGCUGGGCAUGUCGGACAGGUCCAGCACAUCCUCCAGCUUGAGCGAUUGGGACAAAGCGACGGGAAUCGUCUCGCCCGUCAGCCCUCGUAAAGAUUUCCUUCCUUCACCCUUCUCUCCUCCGACAAGACACAGCCCUUCGGCAUUGGAGACGGAAGAUAGAGACCGGACGAUAGGGCGAUCGGACUCCAGGAGGAUGCUAGCCAAUCUGGGAGUCAAGCCUGGAACAAGUUCUCCUAGACCUUACAAUCAGAAUCGCAAUCACGGAUCGGAUGAGCCUGCCCGGCUGGCGCUGACCCCCGAGAACCUUGGGCCGCUGUUGCAGGACGCGCGGCUGACGCUGGCCAAAUGCGAGCAGAGUUUGAGGGAGAUCGGGAUGGAAGCUGGUCGAUCUAAGUAGAUUGCGACAGAUCUGUGCCGAGUACUGUGCCGAGUAACGUAUGACGCCGGUAUGCAUAUGUGUGAUGACGCCCGUACAACUUCGAUGCGGCAUCACUGUACGUUAUGUCUGAUAGGCCUGCUACGGCUGCGCAAGCUUCUGGACUGCGCUAAAGUGAAGGUCUUGAUCAAAAUGGG